AUGGUUCCAGCAGUCGUGAGUCGUUUCGCGCAAAUGAAAGGCGCCUCCGGAUCCGCAUUGCGAACUUUGUUCUCCAGGCUUGAUGUGACUCAUGGAUCUGUGAUUUGCUCGUCACCCAGUUCAGCCACGUUCGGCACAACAAGUGCCAAUUUGAACGACGACGAUGGUUGGCUCAGCAAGUUGCUUGUGCGGAAAAUCGACACAGGGAAAGGUUCUCACUCGCGACUUCUUUCCGACAAAGAAAGUAUCUACGAGCUCACGACACACAACGUGAAACCGAGUCGAAUGGACGACUACAUCAAAGCAUAUGGUGAUUUUGUGGAGCUUGUAAAGGAGAAAGAUAACGUGAGGAUGGAGUUAGCUGGGAGCUGGGUAGUCGGUGUUGGUGACCAGGACCAAGUUCUCCAUCUCUGGCGCCAUUCUAAUGGAUUCGCUGGCGUUGACGAAACCGCCGCUGUCAUGCGUUGUGAUAAAGAUUUUGCUGCUCUUCGGAACAAAAGAACGCCGUUCCUCAGGUCUCGCAGAACUCAAUACCUCUUGUCCUUCAGCUACUGGCCACCUAUCAGGUUUCGACCGGGGUCGAAUUUGUACGAAAUUCGGAGUUACACUCUCAAACCUGGUACCAUGAUUGAGUGGGGAAAUAAUUGGGCCCGUGGAAUCGGACAUCGGACGGGGAAUGAUGCUCCUUACGCCGGAUUCUUUUCUCAGAUCGGAGUCUUGUACCAAGUCCAUCACAUCUGGACGUAUGAAUCUCUUGCUGCUCGGAAAAAUACGAGAGAAUCUGCGUGGCAAAAUUCUGGUUGGGACAAGUGUGUGGCCAACACUGUUCCGCUGAUCCGGCAUAUGGAAACGAGGAUCAUGGCCCCUACCCCGUUUUCCCCAACAAAAUGA